CUACUUUGGGCCUCAGACAAAGAGCUGGAGAGCACUGCUGAACCUCUCUCGGACAGCAAGAGCCUCCCACAAGCCAUGGCAGUGCUGCAGAGCUGGCAGACAGGGCUCUGACUCUCACCUCCACGCUGAGCAGGGCUGCUGGGCUCAGCCUCACAGCUGCUCCAGCCCUCAAACAGAGGAUCUGCUCUGCCCCAAGCCCUACCUGACCCCUUCCUCCGUCGAGCACCCUUGACUGCUGACCCAGCCUCGGAAGAUGGAUGUUCCAGUGCUGAGCUGGCUGGUGAAUCGCUCCCUCCUCCUUCCCCUGGACUCUGCUCCACAUCCCGAGCUCAGACUCGACCUGUUCGGCACGAAAGCCUCCUGCCUGCAGCUGGCUGCCACGAGGAACGUGAACAUCAUCCUGCAGCACUACAACUUCUCAGGCAAGCUCACCAACCGGCAGUCUGGGGACGAGGGCAUGGGGCUGGUCCGCACGGCCUUCGCCAUCAUCAGCUGCAUCAUCAUCCUGGAGAACCUGCUGGUGCUGCUGGCCGUGCUGCGCUGCCUGCGGGGCCGGCGCUGGGUCUACUCCUGCAUCGCCAGCAUCACCCUCAGCGACCUGCUGGCAGGGAUCGCCUACCUGUGCAACCUCUGCCUGUCGGGCAGCAGGACCUUCCAGCUCUCCCCGCAGCUCUGGUUCCUGAGGGAGGGCAUCCUCUUCAUCGCCUUGGCUGCCUCCACCUUCAGCCUGCUGGUGACGGCCGUGGAGCGCUACAGUGCCAUGGUGAGGCCGAUCGCGGAGAACGAGGCCAGCAAGACCCUGCGCCUGCGUGGCCUCAUCGUGUCCUGCUGGCUGCUGGCCCUGGUCAUCGGGCUACUGCCACUGCUGGGCUGGAACUGCCUCUGUGACUUCCAGGCCUGCUCCGUGCUCCUGCCUCUCUACUCCAAGAACUACAUCCUCUUCUCCGUGGUCAUGUUCAGCAUCAUCCUCCUGGGCAUCAUCGGCCUCUACAUCUCCAUCUUCCACCUGGUGCAGGCCAGCUCCAGGCAAACCAGCUCCCGGCACGGCCGCAAGCGCUCCCUGCGCUUGCUGAAGACGGUGCUGAUGAUCCUGGGGGCCUUCAUCCUCUGCUGGAGUCCCCUCUUUGUCCUGCUGCUCUUUGAUGUUUUCUGCCAGACCGGGGCCUGCACCCACCUGCACAGCCUGGACUGGACCCUGGCUCUGGCCCUGCUGAACUCGGGAGUCAAUCCCAUCAUUUAUUCCCUGCGCAGCGUGGAGGUUCGCCGUGCUGUGGGGAGCCUGCUGUGCUGCUGCUGUGUCAGGGCUGGGCUCUGCAAGCCUGGCAGCUGCCUGGUCAUCUCUGACAUCAAUUCUGGCUCCUCCACAGAGAGCUCCCUGCGCUACCGGGACAGCUUCCGCAGCUCCGUGGCCUGGAAUGCUCGGCCCAGGGCACCUCUGUCCAGCAACUCCAGCAUGAUGAGCAAUCUCCCCAGCCUGUGAGGGGCCACGGGGAGAGCAGGAGAUGCCAGACAGCCCCCAGGACCUCAUGGUGCUGGUCCUGGCCUGGCAGGACUGUAGUGACAGGCUGAGCAGAACUGGGGCCAGUCUUUCCAGCCCCAUCAGAUUGGGAUGGUGCUUCAGUGCCUCAGGGACAGGAAUUGCUCCUAGGUUGCGAGUGAAAGGUACAGGCACAUUUCAGGAUUGAUGGUCUGCUGGGACAGCUGCAGUGCUCAGGUUCUGUGUGUGUGCUUUGGGUGUGCACAGGUGCUGUACCUGCCCGCCUAAGGGUGUUUUGCCUCAGGGCUCAGUGGCAAAUAGGGUAAAUUUCCCCAGUCAGGUGGCCCUCCCAAGUGUUUGGAAUCC